GCCGGUCGAGCGUUUAAGCAAAAGGGAAUUUUCAGAGCUAGUCAAGUAGAAUGAAAAUCACUGAGUAAUUUAAAAGAAAACAUUGACGUUUCAACGCGAUAAAACAGUGUGUUCCAAGGCAGAGAUUCAACUGCAUGUACGAAUCUUGAUAGCAGAGCGAGCAAUAUAUUUACAUUAUUAUAGAUAUAAAAAAGAGCAUUGAGGGGGGAGGCAGGGAUAAGUGGAUUUUUUUCCAGUGAAGAGAGGGAAAAAUCACGAACAAGCACAGUUCUCUUUGUGAGAAAAAAAAGAGUUAGAAAGAGAAAGAACGAGUAAAAAGAGCGGAGCGAACGAACGUUUCAUUUGCGGGGAGAGGGUCAUGAGUGUAAGAGCGUGUGUAGUGCGUGGGUGAGUUCGGGGAUACGAUAUACGAUGUAGGAGAGGAAAAUAUACAUGGAUAUAUGUGUGCAUAUGUGUAAAAUACACAACGCGACUAAAAGCCGUGUUAUGUAGUGUGGCGAAUGAAGCAAGCGCGCUUUGUGCUAUCGGCCUGAUCCGGAGCGGCGCGUUCUACCCCGUUUCUUUUUUUCUCUCUCAUUUGGCGCGUACAUAAUAAUUAUUUUAAUAUUUAUAAAUACGAGGAUCUAGUUUAUUUUGGUGGAAUAGUAGUGAGAUGGGUUUCGACUGCGAACGGAGCAUUUUUGACGUGAUUUAUCGGUGAAUCGUGAAUACAAAUCUACACGCACGAUACACAUAUAUAUAUAUAUAUGUAGACUUAUACUCGGGAGAAAAAAUUCGACUAUAGCUGAAUUUUCGGGUCGUGUAAAGAAUAAUUGAUCGGUUUCUGCCAACGUUUUCCGAACUCGUGACAUAUCAUCCUUACUGAAUUUAAGCCUAUUAUUUUUUUGUUGCCUUCGUUCCUUUUUUCUUCUUGCUUUUCCUCCAUCGUUCGAACAUGUCGAAAAAUCGUGAUCGUCGUCGCCGUCGUCGUGGCUUUCACGACGUGAAAUUGUUAUUAUCUCGUUAAAGAGUAGACAAACGGGCAGAAAUAAACGCCUCCAGCGUGUUGUGAUGGAGGAGUGGCUGAGAAAGGUUCAAUUUUUAUUGUUCAACCUUUGUUACGGUUUCCAUCGAGCAACGGAUAAAUUAUUUCACGUCGUUGUUGCUACGAAAAUUGGUACAUUUGUUAGCUCGUAGCGACGGCAAAAUUUCGUUCGACGAAACACCCUUGAAUAGUCGCAAACGUCGACGUCACAACAGUCCUGAACUCGAAAUGGCAUCGCAGGGUCAAAGUUUGGCUAAUCCACAACCCCCGGUCAGUUUGCCUCAACCGGCUGCUGUCAACACUGUCACCACCAACUUACAACAACAGCAACAACAACCACAACAGCAACAACUACAACAACAACCUUGCGUCAAAGUCGCACAAGCCACCAGCACGCCUACCGACUUUCAAACUACUCAACAGAAUCAACCUGCCCAACAGCAACAACAAAAGUCGAACAACUUUGAACCUUUGGACAAAAGCUCAUCCAAUACGCUCAAGCGUAAUCCAAAAAUGGAGUUGAGCAAAACGGAUUUGCUGAAAUUACUGGGAUACCUAGAAGGCGAGCUUCAAGGCAGAGACAUUGUCAUAGCUGCGUUAAAAUCAGAGAAAAUGAAAAAUCUUCUGAGUUCGCGGUACCGGAGUGGCACAUCCGAUCCGCACGUGGCAUUGAUGAGGGACGUUGCAAUAGUAGGUGGUCCAAUGAUGGACGCGGACGGUAAUCAAAUUGACCAGCAAGUGGCAAGUUUAGAGGCAUUGGUCACUCAGCAAAGACGAACUCAAUUCAGAAUGGCAAAAGUUCUCAAAGACGCAGAGAUCAGGCAUAGAUCGGUGAUUAAGGAGCUGGAGGAGGAAAAGAGGAAGCACGAGCACGAUACGGCGCAAGGAGACGACAUAACGUACGGUUUAGAGAAGGAGAGAACGCGAUUGAAAAAAGAGCUCGAGCUAGAGCGGCAAGAGAAAAAGCAUUUAGAGUUGGAAUUGAAGAAGGAGAACGAGUUGUUGGAAGAGGAGAAGAGUAAAAAGAAACAAAUAGUAUUGCUGUUAUUGGCUGAACGUAAAAAAAUAAUAAUGAAAUAUAUAGAAGAGCGUAAGAGAUCGGAGGAUCUUGCGCAGAUAUUGAGCGAAGAAAAGGUUCGAAUAGAUUCAAUGGCCGAGGGUCUGGAGGAAGAAAGCAAAAAAUCUUUGCAAAUGGAAGCCGAAUUGGAGAAGCAAUUGGCGCAAUUUGAUAUCGAGAGGCAACAAUAUCGACAAGCGUUGGCUAAAGAAGAGAAACGCAGCAAGGAACUCGAGAGUGAGGUUGAAAGACUUAAAGCCGAAGUGGAGUCGUGGAAAGGAUCUGCGGGAAUUCGAGGAGUUGGGAGGGGAGUUGGUGCUACACCGCCACCGCCACCGGCCAAACCAGCCAAUUUGAUCGCUAUGCCGACCCUCAGACCAGCUGGACACAGUACAAACAAAGGAGCUGUACUGGGUACGGGGACACCGAUGGUUAGCAGUAAAGUCGUUCAACCAACGGCAACAGUCACGAGUGUACCCGUCAGUGGUCCGACUACGGGAAUAGCACGAUCCGUGACACCUGGUCAGGCAAUACGAGGAGUGGCAUACGGCGCUAAUUUGCCGCCGACGACACAGGCUGAAUCUUCUGCUCCUAUGGAGGCACAGGCGGCGACGGAGAAAAGGACGCCGAUUACGAACCUGAGCACCCCUGGUGGCGCUUCGAAAAUCGCUCCGGGAACGGCUCCAGGAGGAGGAGGAGGAGGAGGAGGAGGAUCGACAACGAGUUCUCCAGCAACGAAUAAAUUGCCGUUCCACGGUGGUCCGUUGAGCGCGCCAGGAACCGUGGCACCAGGAGCACCAGCAGGAGGCGGAGGCCAAGUGAUAGGCGGAACGAUGGCGUCGACGACGAAUACAGUGAAAAAACCGAUGAUUUCACGAGGCAUACCGCCUCCGGUUCCGCCCAACAAGCCCGUCGUUCCCCCCAAAAAGGAAGCUGCCGCUUAUUUAAGAAGAAACGAGACGACCAUUCAAGAUCCUGGCAAAUUUGCCAAACCUCAAGUCCCAACGACCUUGGCUCACUCCGCAGUCGUUCCAGCGAGUGUUACCAGCACUGCAAACGUUGCAGCACCCGGACAAACGUCCACGGUAACGGUACAACAACAACAACAACAACAACAACAACAAUCUUCAACGACUGCUGUUCCCGUCGAAGAAGUUCGACAUCCGUAAUGAGAGAUUCGUUCAUCUCGGUCCUCGAACACGAGCUGAUCGUCUCGUUAUAGUUCCUGUAUCUCUACACAAACAAAAACAAAUCACACGCGCGAGCUAGAUUUUCGUGAAAAUGUGCAGCUCUUCGCGAUUGACUGAGCAAAAAGUAACGGAAUUUUCUCUCGUUUUUACGGUUUGAGAUUAUUAAUUAAUAUAAUCGUUGAUUCAUGAGACUAUUCAUACACUCCCGCUGAAAUAUCGUCUUGGAAUCGUCUUCGUCCUGGACAGUCUUUAGAUAACGAAAUAAAUAGCUUAGUUCCUUUCCUAUAGGAAAUUGCGUAGACAUGCGUAUGAAAAAUGUAACCGACGCGCGGUAUUUCUCUCGAUUCGUUUGUACGGAUGUCUCGGAGCAAAUAGUCAUGAAGAAUCCAAUUUUCAAUUCAAUUUCAAGACUCAACGUCUGCAAUUUCUCUUUUUAUAUUAAACUUUUCCAAGAAAUCAUUAAUCUUCAAAAGUGUUGAAACUAGAAAACUAAAAACGUUCAACCUUUGAAGCACGUGGCUGUUGAAGUUGCUUUUCUGAGACAUCCUGUAAAUAUGAAAUGUUGGACUGUGCUAAAAAAACACACACACACAAAGAUAUGGAUGAGUAUACCGAUUAAAAUAACGACUUGAUCGUUAUCUUUUUUUUUUCUUUUGUCAAAAAAUAAAAGUACGCUGAGCGUAUUUCCGAACCGUAUCGCACACAGUGCUAGAAUUUCGUUUUUCUAUUGCUCAAUUCACGUUACUUCGAAUACUCAAAGCUGUGCCCAAAAAGUGAAAAAUCUAACGAAAAUAAUACUGAAAAACGAUGCUAUUGAUUUAAAUUGAAGACUUUAUUGCGAUUAAUCGUUUUCGAGAUAAAAUUAAACUUGAAAAUAAUAACUGAACGAACUCUCGAUCCGUAAGUGUAUUUCGAUCGUUAAAUAACAAACAUUCAGAGUGUCUCAAGUGAUUUGAAGCGAUGACGAAGCGACCGUUCUUUUUAUUAUUUGUUUACGUUUCGAUCGCACUGCGACAAGCGUAAUUUAAUUGAGAUUUUGCUGUUACCACUGCCGGAUUAACUACAAUUGCAUUACGAGAACAAGUUCAGAGCCUUCCGUGCUGUAAGGGUCAAGAGUACAAUAUAAUAAAACGAAGAAACACACAGCUAGCGUUUUACUAACGCCAUUAGCUCGCUCUGAAUACAUAACGCCUUUCAUCGACACUUAUUCGUACUUAAUAUAUCGGGGGAAUAGCAUAAUGAAAAUGAAAGUUUGAAGAUAAUACGUUCCCCGUUGAGCGAAAACGGUCGUGAACAUUUUUUUAGGCGGACGAUGAUAAUCAAACGAUGUUUCAAUCGAUGAUUUUUCCCCAGCGAAUCAUCACUUGUAAAUAUAUUACCGCGUAGAAAUAGUAGAACUCUCGAUGAAAAUCUUGAAACCAUCACUUUGUACGGCUCGACCUGAAGUUUCUUUCAUUUCGUCUUUUCAAGUUUAUCUUUUCUCGCCACAGUUGCGAAAGCGAUUUUUUGAAAUAUUUCCUUUUCAUUAUUCUAUGUGAUUUUUGAAAAAUUUUGAAAAUCAGAACGCAUCUACACUUGUAUGUAUUCAUUUUAAGAACGAACAAUCUUAUGAAAAUUCGUGCUGCGUUUGCCCUGAGGGAAAGUCCACCACGAUAUCCAGCUGAUAUAAUAAUUGUCAUAGAGCCCUUUCGCAGUGUAUCAUUAAGUAUACGCGCAUAUAGAUAUAUAUAUAUAAAUAAAUAUGUAUCGUGAUGGACGGUACAGGCUUCCCAAAAACUGCGUUCCACACUCACAGAUUAUUGAAAAAAAACCCUUUCUUACUUUUUCACCUCAAAAAACGCUUCCAGGCGUUUUUCUACUCGAGGAAAAAUUCAUAGUGAUUUUCUCAUUGAGUCAGCAGUUUGCGGACACUUUUUUUCCUCAAAAACACUUUUCAAAGUACGUGUAGCAAUAAAUUUCAAGAAUUAUCGUAUUUUUCAAAUCGGAAGAAUGACAUUUUCGGGACACCCUGUACGGGCGUUCACGAUGCAUACCCCGGUCAGGGGGAAUCGUAGUACUUGCAGUGUGUUGUACAGUCUUCCAGAGUUUUACUCGAUAAAUACUCUACAAAGCGACAAAGAUCGAUCGAUCGCGAGAUAUAUUUGAACGACACGUGCCCACGAAAAUAUUAAAUUGCGAACUGAUCGAUGUUUAUGAGAGAAACAAAAAUAUCAUUGAGCCACGGUGAAUAAACACGGCGCUUGCUAAAAAAGUUGCGUUGUCAAAAUAUCAAAGCCCAUAUGAAAAGUCUUGGUCUUUGCUUAUAGAAUAAUGAAAGCACGAUCGUGUAAAAAAAAUCAUCACAUACAUAUUAUAGAAACAAAAUGAACAAAAAAAAAAGCAAAAAAGAAAAAAAAACAAAAGAAAAAAAAACAAAAGAAAAAACAUUAAUACAUUCACGAGUGAAGGGAGCGGGGACCAGAUAAUCGAAUAUCACAAAAGUUAUUCUCUGGAGCGUCUCUCCACUCGUUAUAAAAAAUAUUGCCAGCGGAACUUUGUGCAAGAAAGGACAAAGUCGAAAAAAUGUUGAACGUUGACUUUUUGUUUUUCCAUAGGGAAACCGAAUGCGUAUAGACACGCACAUACAAAAUGUUUCUUUCUGUCACGGAUCCGCUGAGAGUGUAAACCCUUGUACGAUUAAGAUAUAUUUGCAAUAUCGGAGGAUGAAGAUAAUUGAAAUAAAAAAAUCGAUCUCACUGUGCCCAGGAUGCAAAAAAAUCAAAUAUGUCAGAAUAGUGUAACCGAAGAGAUGAAAAUAUGGUCCGAAGAUUGUUCUAAAUUUCGGACACUAUUCAGACGUGCUUGCAAAUUUUUGCUUUUCGGGUAUAAAACCUUAAAGAUUAAGUUUCACACGGAAAAGAGAGAAAACAAAAGGAAGGCUUCUCUGGUGUAUCCACACAACCAUUGAUGCUGUGAUACUGGGAUUAAUAAUAAUGAUAUUAAUAACCUCAAUAAUUACAACGGUAACAACAACAAUAAUGAUAAUGAUAAGGAUGAUGAUGGAAAGAAUAAAAUAAUACCGGAAAUUGAAUGUCUCCGAGAUGCGAGGAUACAACAAAGCGAUCGAUAAUGUAUAAACGCAGUAAAAAAAAAAGUCGAUCGUAAUAAACGAGAGACGUGCGAGGGCAUUCAAUUUUAUCAACAGCGUGAUCGUUCACCUCCCUGCGACUCAUCACGGGUCGCAAAUAUAUUUCUCAGCUCGUUUAUUUAUAAUUAUAUAGAUUUGCACAAUCAUCGGCAAUAAAUCACACAUCGAUCCUUAUCGCGAAAAGUAUUUUUAUUUAUUCUUCGUUUCGUUUCUUUUCCCGAGGGAGUUGACCUCCUAUUGAUAAAGGUCACAUUGGUCGCAGUAUACACACGAUACACUCUAUAAAUUAUGCACGCUGCCAUUUGGGAGGCGUCGCGUUUCAGUUUCAAAGUUAUAGUCAGCCAAAGAAUAUGAUUCCUGGUAUGUAAAUAUGCGAAUUUUUGGCUCGAAUGAAAAUACACGUGUGCACUUUGCAAGACUUUUGUAAAAGAAGCAAAUUGUUGUUCAGCAGAGACGAGAGGUUUUCAUUAUGUAUCAAAAGGAUUAUCUUCUGCAUAUAGCGGCGCGCAUUUUACACACAGAGCGUCUCCCGAAACUCGAUCGACAUUUCCGUUCGCUUUUGUUACUCUGGAAUUCGGCAUUGAAAUUUCUUUAAAAACUAUGAUCUGGACAGCACAAUUUAAAAUCGUCAAAUAUUACGAUUUAUUUCUCGCCAUCGCGAACGGAUCACAAUCGAAAUAUUUUUCCUUUGCCUGGCGUAUCGUUUUCGAGGUUAGAUUUUUAACGGUCGGUAAUAAAAUCGAGGUUGUGUCAGUACUUCAAUAUACGUAUAUAAGAAUGCGAGUAAAAGGACGGGUAUUCAUGAUUGAUUCCCGAGUAAUAUUUGUAUGCUUUGUGACGGUUAAAAUGUGCAAGGGGGCUAGGUUACUGGUCUGGUUCAAUUCAAUACGUCGCAGUGAGCAGUGAGUGUCGAUUCGGAAGUUGAUCCCCUCAACAAUUUUCGCGCAUUUUUUCACAUUCCAUUCCACAUGACGCGAAUGUCUUUUUAUCUGAGAAAACGCGGGAAUAGGCGUUCUCCUUAAUAAAAACGUCGACUACUGUAAAGAUCCCAAGUCAUAUUUUAUAGUGCUGAUUCCGAAAGACGCUACAAUACAUUUCCUUACUGCGAUAGAAACUUGUGUGACAUUUCGCCUUAAUAUCAUGACGUUAUUAUUUCAUUUGGACCCAUCAGCGCGAGCGAUUUCAUUAUAUGCAUAGAUGUAUACUUUAGCGGAAACACAAACAUUAUAAUAACAAAGAAAAAGAGAUAAGGCAGAAAACGAAGAAAAGAAGAGGGAGAGAGAGAGAAGAGAGUAAGAGUGAGGAAAAUAUAUGCGAAAAGCAAGGGAAAAAAUGCCUCCUUGUAUUAUGGGUAUCGGUGUUGGUUGCAGAUGUAUCGUACCACAAAAUCAAAUAUCUUCGAAAUGUGAAGUAUAAAUGAAAUGAAAAAAGCAACAAAAAUAAGCUGUAUCAAAGUUCUGGAAAAUAAAAAAAAAGUUACGAAAA